UCGGUGCCAUCCAUCCCAAUUUCCCGUAGCAGUAACCGAUCUAAAUUCAUUUGUCGGAUCCCUAAAUUGUCGAAACCCUAGCCCUAAUUGUAGGUUGAUGGCGACGGAAGAACCAGUUGUUGUGACGGAGGUCUGCGCACCGGACGUCGGAGCAUCUGUAACGGUUGUAGUCGAGAAGGAACCUGCAGUUGAAGCAGCUGAAGGAAAACCAUCGAAAGGCAAGAAGACAACCACCACACGAAAACCUAGAAGUCCGUCGUUGCAUCCUCCUUACUUUGAGAUGAUCAAGGAAGCGAUUUUGGCGUUGAAGGAGAAGAGCGGUUCGAGUCAGUAUGCGAUCGCGAAGUUUAUUGAAGAGAAACAAAAGAAUCUUCCAGCAAUGUUUAAGAAGGUGUUGUUGGUUCAAUUGAAAAGGUUAGUCGCCGAGGGUAAGCUUGUGAAGGUCAAGGCGUCUUACAAGCUGCCGGCUGCUAAACUUCCGACUGCAGUUGCUCCGGCGAAGAAGAAACCUGCUGUAAAGCCUAAGGCAUCCGCCAAGCCCAAGGCAGCCGCCAAGCCCAAGGCAGCAGCAAACAAAGCGCCAGCUAAGAAGAAGCCAGCCGCAAAGCCUAAACCAGCUCCGAAAGCCAAGGCUGUAGCAAAGCCUAAGGCAGCAGCUAAGCCCAAGCCCGUUGCAAAGGCUAAGGCAGCAGCUCCCGAAGCUGUGGCAAAGCCAGUUGUAAAAGCGAAGCCCAAGGCUCCAACGAAAUCAGCUAAGGUAGCUAAGACAUCAACGAGAUCGACCCCAAGAGGGAAAGUCGCUCUGGCUCCGAAACCGGUAAAGGUAACAACAUCGACCCGAUCAACUCCGAGGAAGACAUCGGCGGCGGUUCCUAAAGCGGCACCAAAGAAGAAGGCGGCGGCGGCGAAGAGCGUGAAGGCAAAAGCUGCGACACCGAAGAAAGCGGCGGCAACGAGGAAGGGGAGGAAGUGAAAAUGGGUAUGUUAAUAGGAGUAGGGCGUGUAAAAAUCUUAAUUCCUGCCCAUUGAUAAAGUUGGUAGAUUUUGUUGGUAUGAAUCGAUGGGCAGUUUUCAUCUUCCAAUUCAUAAUUUCACAUAGUUGUUUUUUUCUCUUCUUUCUGGUAUAAUACUCAUAAUGUUUGUUUAGAUCUUAACCCAUUUUGUGGUUGGAAGGAAAUAAUUUUAUACUUC